AUGGACAUGCCCCAGGCAGAGCGUCAAAAGUACGCAGAGAUAUUUACAAGUCUCAACCCCAUCAACGGCUACAUCACCGGUGUCCAGGCACGACAGAUUUUCAUGAACUCCGGCCUGCAUGUCGUCAAGUUGGGCCAGAUUUGGGAUAUCUGCGAUAUUGACAAGGACGGCAACAUGGACUUUGACGAGUUUUGUCUGGCACUUCGCUUCGUAUAUGCCUCUAUCAACGGCGAGAUUUCAGAGAUUCCAGCACAGCUCCCACCUCAGAUGAUCCCAGCGUCAAAGGCACACUACUUUGGAGGCAAUCAAGGAUACGGCAACCAGUCUUACAUGUCCCAGGCACACAUGUCCCCAGCUCAGUCUUAUGCUCAGAGCGCCAACUACUCUUCCAUCGCCGAUCUUGAUACUGCAGUCGCCGUCAACAGCAACCUCUCUGACGAUUUUGACUGGUAUAUUGCCCCGUCCGACCGCACCAACUACGAAGGCAUCUACCAGAACAAUGUCCAGCUCUCCACAGGAGAAGUCAGAAUGGGACAGUUUGAAGAGUUAUACCAGGCAUUGCAGAUUCCCAGGGAGGAUAUCAACGCCGCAUGGUCGUUAGUCAAUGUUCACUCAGCGCCUCAGAUCGGAAAGGACCAGUGCAUCAUGUUUUUCCAUAUCUUGAACAGCCGCAGACUCGGCAAGCGUGUUCCUGCGACUCUUCCUGGAGCUCUUCGCACUUCAUUCUUGGGCGAUUCAAACUAUGCCCUUUCGGACAACUACUCUGUGAACGAGAUCCGCCAACAACCAGGAAGACCUUCGGUUCCCAUGUCCUUUGCAACCAAGUCUGCGUUCUCUAGUGAGAAGGGUCAUGUCAUGGCGGGUGACUACUUGAGCAGACUGAACCAAAAGGAUGCAGCAGCCCAUGAAACAAUGGCACAGGAAGAGCGGUUAAAGCAUGAGCUUGAGAGCAUCAAGAGGCAGAUUGCUGACGCAGAGGCACGUACACGGGCGAGCAGAGGAGGAGACACAGCUGUUGCUGUGAAGGAACUUCAGGGGUUGUUGGCUUAUAAGCAGCAGCAGGUUCUCAACGAUGAGCCCUCGAUCCUUGAACGUCAACUGCUGGACCAGGACCGCGAGAUUCAGAGACAGCGCGAUGCGUUGAAGCAGUUGGACAAGGUGAUGCAGGGCCUUCGUGAGCAGAAGGAUCUGUUGGAUACGCACCUUGCUGACUCUCAGAGCGAGCUGCGUGAAAGCCAGCGUGAGGUGGACAGCCAGCGAUCCCGCUAA